AGAAAGGACUUUGAAGAGCAAGCGGCGUUGUUCGCCUGCAGAAGGAGUGCUGUCGGUCUCUGGACAAAUUUCUCCGGAAGGUGGAGACAAGGAAGCUCCGGCUUCGCUUUCCCUUGUGGCCCAGAGUGGAACAUACUGAGCUGCACUGAAUCAUCUGGAUGCACUCGCAACUUUAGGAACUGGUGGCAAUUUGUAAAACGACAGCUCUGGAAGUUGAAGGGACCAGUGGCUUCAAGCAAAAAGUAAAUUGAAAAUGGGAGAUAUCUUUUUGUGUAAGAAAGUGGAAUCACCAAAGAAGAAUUUGAGAGAAUCCAAACAAAGGGAGGAGGAUGAUGAAGAUCCAGAUCUGAUCUUUGUUGGGGUGGAGCAUGUACAUAGAGAUGCUGAAAUUCUCUUUGUCGGGAUGAUUUCAAAUUCAAAACCAGUCGUUUCAAACAUUUUGAACAGAGUCACCCCAGGCUCAAAUUCAAGAAGAAAGAAAGGCCACUUCCGUCAAGAUCCUGCUCACGUGUCGCAGCCUGCAAAUCAUGUGACCUCUGUGGCAGAAGCCAUCAUGCCAGUUUCUCCGUCUGAGGGGAAAUCAACAGAUAGUCCUGUCACUAUGAAGUCUUCAUCUGAACCUGGUUAUAAAAUGAGCUCACCACUAGUUGUUUCUCCCAAUUCUUCAGAUUCGCUCCCACCAGGGACUCAGCAUCUAGUUGGAGCUAUGGUCUCUGGAAGAGGCAGAAAUGAGAGUUCUCCUGAUUCAAAGCGACUUUCCACUUCAGAUAUAAACAGCAGAGAUUCCAAAAGGGUUAAACUCAGGGAUGGAAUCCCAGGAGUACCUUCUUUAGCUGUGGUCCCUUCAGAUAUCUCUUCUAUAAUAAGCACAAAUACACCCUCACAGGGGGUCUGCAACUCAUCAAACCAUGUACAGAAUGGAGUAACAUUUCCUUGGGCUGAUGCUAAUGGAAAGGCACAUUUCAAUCUUACAAAUCCAGAGAGAGCAAAUGAAUCUGGCCUGGCAAUAACAGACAUUUCAAGUCUAGCAAGUCAAAACAAGACCUUUGAUCUCAAGAAAGAAAAUCCCAUCGUGUUACUUAGCGACUUUUACUAUGGACAGCAUAAAGGAGAUGGGCAGCCAGAACAGAAGACUCACACCACCUUUAAAUGCCUCAGCUGUGUGAAAGUUCUAAAAAAUAUUAAGUUUAUGAAUCACAUGAAGCAUCAUUUGGAAUUUGAGAAGCAGAGGAACGACAGCUGGGAAGACCACACCACCUGCCAGCACUGCCACCGGCAGUUUCCCACUCCCUUCCAGCUACAGUGUCACAUUGAUAGUGUACACAUCGCCAUGGGGCCCUCUGCUGUCUGUAAGAUCUGUGAAUUGUCAUUUGAAACAGAUCAGGUCCUCUUACAACACAUGAAGGACCAUCAUAAGCCUGGCGAAAUGCCCUAUGUGUGCCAGGUUUGCCAUUACAGAUCGUCGGUCUUUGCUGAUGUAGAAACACAUUUUAGAACGUGCCAUGAAAACACAAAGAAUUUGCUUUGUCUGUUUUGUCUCAAACUUUUCAAAACUGCAAUACCAUACAUGAAUCAUUGUUGGAGGCACAGCAGAAGGAGGGUCCUUCAGUGUUCCAAGUGCCGGCUACAGUUUUUGACGUUGAAGGAGGAAAUAGAGCACAAAACCAAGGACCAUCAAACAUUUAAAAAGCUGGAGCAACUGCAAGGGUUGCCUCGUGAAACCAAAGUUAUUAUUCAAACUUCAGUUCAGCCAGGAUCAAGUAGAAUGGCUUCCGUUAUUGUUAGCAACACUGACCCUCAGCCUUCUGUAAAAACUAAAAAGAAGACGGCUAUGAACACUAGAGAUUCCAGACUCCCUUGCAGCAAGGAUUCUAGCUGAAAAUACGUUCGACUCACUUCCAGGAGUUCCAAAAGGCAGAAGUGAGGCUAGGCCAUAUGUGCAUUGUGGCUGUAGAUGCUAGCAAGCAAUGUCAUCAACUGUAAGGUUUUUUUUUUACAGUGACAUCUCAUCAGCUCCCUAUUGUCAAGAAGUAGCUCCAAAGUCUUUGAGCCCUUCCCUAGUCAAAUGCUCCCAACAGGGCAUCCCUUAUUCUGACCUCAGAGGUUUUUCUUGUUUAUGAACUUUAAAUAAAUGGAAUCACACAAAGAUUCUUGUCUUUGGCUUUUUAAAAUAAGUGAGAUGGCUGGGCGUGAUGGCUCAUGCCUGUAAUCCCAGCACUUUGGCAGGCUGAGGCGGGUGGAUCACUUGGGGUCAGGAGUUUGAGACCAGGCUGGCCAACAUAGUGAAACCCCUUCUCUACAUAAGAUAGAAAAAUUAGCCAAGCGUGGUGGUGGGCGCCUGUAGUCCCAGCUACUCGGGAGGCUGAGGCAGGAGAAUCGCUUGAACCUGGGAGGGGGAGUUUGCACUGAGCUGAGAUCACGCCACUGCCCUCCAGCCUGGGUGACAGAGCAUGACUCUGUCUCAAAAUAAAGUAAAAUAAAAAAUAAGUGAGAUGCAUUUUUGCUGUGUGUAGCAGUAGCACAUUCUUUUUCAUUGCUGGAUAGAAUUUUGUUGAGUGACUGUGGCAGUUUUGUAUAAAUUUAUUUCACUGUUGAUGGACUUUGAGGCUGAUUCUUUGGCAAUUUUGAAUAAAGCUGCUAUGAGC